CACCAGUGUCCGGAACACAGCCACGGCUCGUCAAUCUUCAAAAGGGUAAAAACGAUUCGAUGCUCUUGUUACGACGUACCCUAGAAGCCUGAGCAUAGUUGCUGCAACUAUUCUGUAUUACCUGUGUGAAUAACUCAUGGCGUCUGUUACAUGUCGGAAGUUCGGAACAUUAUACGUACAGUAGUCUCCCUUCACACUAAACACGAUCAAGCAUAGUUUUGGAGGAUUCAGCCGUCGGCAUCAUCCUAAGCCAGUGAUAUUCAACAGGGCUUCUCGAUGUCACAGUGGCAUCACUGGGACUAGCUGAAGAAAUGUGCACUUUUGCUUUUGUGCCUAGGUUAACUCCGCCACCUCCUCUCGGCCCCUAAUAUGGCCCGCGGCAUCUGGAGUGUUCUUAUCAUUCAGGAAUGGUGGCGUCGGGAGAAAUUACUCACAUCUGUAAGACAAUCACUUUCUGUGAAGUAUAUGAUGUGCACUUCAUGACACAAUGUUGGAACCCAAUGCCAUCAUUGGUAUCGUUGGUAGCUCUGUUGGGCUGCUCGUUACCGUGCUUGGACUGGUGAGUAGGUCAGUCGGAGUGCAUCGAUCUCGGCAACACAUAGAUGAAGUCCAAGAACAGAGAGCGGAUCUCAGACACAAGCUUCGCAGGGCUGAAGAUGAAAUCGGCAUACUCAGGGGAAUAAAUGCGGAAGGAGUUGGUAAUCUAAGGCGUGAGGCCCGAAAUUUGAUCCGGCACUCUCACGAGCAGAUCAAAAACUUUGACAGAUUUUACGACAGGUUUGAUAAGUCCUGGACAGUUAGGGGGUGGAAUUACGUUGCACUCUCUGCGGGCAGUGAUAAAAUCAGAAAAUACGCCAGACGUUUUGAGACGUACUCGGAUUGGAUCACCAUUGCUCGGCUCUCUAUCCGCUUGACCCCUGUCAGUGAGCGGGUAGCAUUAGGUGGUUCCGGCCUGUCCUCCGUGCACUGGAGAGAUGUCGAGCGCCUGAGGGACGAACUGGAUCGAGCUAGGCGAGCUGAUGAAGAGCAUCCCGGGAGAUUGCGGAAACUGCGUGUCAACAAGGGGGUCAACCUCAGGAGGCUUGAAAGGUAUGCCGAUGGUCUGGUUUUGAGGUUUGCUGGUUCAAACGCCAGUACAGAAACUUCCACGGAGAUUUACGAAGACCCGUCCGAGGUGAAUUCCCGAUAUCAUCCUGUGUCCGGCACCUGGAAACUUGACCGUGGACAUGAUCCGAGGAUCCGAGGAUAUCCGCCGGUCAAUUUUCCUAGGCAGACUGUCAUUAUACAUGACGACCGUGUCUAUGAUAUUCCACGCGCUUCGCAACAAUAUUAUCCUCCACUCCAUCGCUCUAGGCGGACCACUUCAAUGCAUGAUGACCACGUCUAUGAUUUCCCGAGCGCUCCCCUAAGCGCGCAAGCUUCUCUCAACAGUUCUAAAUCUAAUCCUAUCAGGGGUCAAAGCGGCCGGAGACUCCGGCACAGUCGAAGUCGAAGUCGGAGCGAGAGCUGGAGAGAAACUGCACAUCCGGUGCGUUCAGCAAGUGUCCGCUCACUAGGCUCCGGGCAUGACGGCGAUGACGAAAGAAAUGCAACCGUGAAACCUCUACCAGGGCGGCCCUCAAGUGAGAGACGUCUCCGUACCACAUCAAGUGACCGAGUACCGAUGAUGACAUCCGGACUUGGGCGAUCGCAGAGUGUAGAAAACAACCAUCGCUCUCCCCACCGCAGGCGGCCAAGCUCUCGCGGCAAUGAAACGCACAUACGUCCUCGCUCGUAUGACUCGGAGCGCAGUAGCAAUCCACAGACUCGGGGCCGUGAUACGCAUCAGCGCGGCUUUCAGGAUACACAACGCAAUUCAAGCUCAGCUUCUCGACACCGGCCGCAAUCAAGAUCUAGCCAAUCCUCUCGCCACACCGACGCGAGGCAGGGACAGCUAUACCGUGAUAAUGCUAACAUCGAGACCCGUCCUUCAUCAAUACGUCGCUCCUCAAGAUCGAGUAGCGCCAACGUGUCUAUUCAACCAUCGCACGACUCCGGCUACGGCAGUCUUGAUCCCGAUCGACAUUCCAGCAGCGCUUCAACCAAGUCAACGCGACGACGGAGCAGCUCGCGACAACCACAAAAACCACCGUCUCACUUCAACGGCGAUGAUCGCUCACGACCGCCUAUUGCUUUGGACAGAGCGGAAGAGGGGGUAAGAAGGGCAGAGGCGCGCAUCAGAAGGAAGAGCCGCGCAGUUUGGUGAAUUAGUUAUUUCGACGCGCAGGGUAACGAGAUGCGCUUCUCGUUCACCAUUAGGUACCAGCACAAUGAAGGUAGCAUAGUACAUGGGUGUUUAUGAUGAUCUAUGGUUUCUGGACUCCAUUUAUAGCAUUUCGACUUUGAUACCACCUAUACCAGCACAUAGCUACGAGAAACGACACGAAUAUAUGAUAUUUCUUUGUACGAUAUAAUUGUCAAUAGCAAAUUCUUACGAUAUCUCUACACGAA